GUUAAAACUUAAAAGGACUCAAAUGAUAAGGGAGAUGGAUUUUUUGUCUUCAAAAUUCUACAAGGAAUUGACUGUAGACCUCGUAUCAGUACCCGACAAGUAUACAACGUUCUGCUCGGGAUAUUUAUUUCAAAAGUCAAAUGCACCAGUUGGUGAAAAGCCUAGUUGGUGUCUGCAGAGGGCUGCCGGCUCCUGGAGCCGAGUGGAGCGUGGCUGUCUGGGCACGGAGCUCUCGCGAAUGGGCCCUUGUCGUACGCCGUGAUCGAUGAAAUCAUGUACCUGUCAUAGAAUCAAACAAUAGGAAAUUUACCGGAAAGGACAUGAACCUUCUCUGACAAUGGAAGAACUCUCAAUUCUCCAUGUUCCGAUUGAGGAUCAAUCGCUGUCGUCUGUUCAAAAAGUCAACUUUCAUCCAAGGUGUUUCCGACAGCCAGAAUGGCAUCACAAGAUGCAUCUCCGGCGAAGUUUGACCGAGCCAUGAAGCAGAUCUACAAGUAUGAUCUGAAUUCUUCGUCUCCAUGGACCGUUCCUCCUUGUUCGGCGGGACAUCGUGGCCGAUACCUGUGGACUGACGCGUUUGGUGUGGUCAACUUUCUGACCCUCUACCGCCAGACUGAGUCAGACAGAUAUCUCGAGUACGCCAAAUCGCUAGUAGAUGCUGUCCAUAACUCCCUUGGUCGAACGCGUGAUGGGAAGUCCUUCCUACCCGGUGCCAGUCCCGACAAUCCGAUGGGCGGUGGAUUGCGCAUUGGUAAGGAGGAAGAGAGCGGCCCGGAUGAGGAUGGUCAGUAUCAUCAUUAUCUGACGCUCUGGAUGUUUGCGUUGAAUCGGCUUUCGAUCGCCACGACCGAUCGAUCCUACAAUAACCAAGCGAUCGCUUUGGCCAAAGCCAUCCACCCGCGGUUCGUUUAUAAUCGUGGAAGCAACAGGCCUCGCAUGUAUUGGAAGAUGUCUAUGGACCUGUCGGAGCCUCUUGUGCGAAGUGAGGGUAAUCUGGACCCCAUGGAUGGAUACGUCGUCUUUCGUCUGCUCCAGUCGACGGGCGGUGACAGUCAAAUGUUAGCCAAUGAGAUUGGCGAGUACGAGAAGAUUGUACGAACCAAAUGGCAGGGCUAUUCGAGUACCGAUCCCCUCGAUCUAGGAAUGUCGCUUUGGACGGUGCAUUGGUUCUCUGGAGAGGAAUGGGCGGAUGGAAUUCUGGAGAGCGCGGUCCGAGACCUAAAGCGGCUGUUCAAACUCGGCGGGUUUGAAGGGCCACAGCAACGGAGACUUGCCUUUCGAGAUUUCGGGACAUGCUUAGGCAUCGAAUGCUCAACCACUGGUACAGCAUGGCGAUCCCGAGCCAAAUCCAUCACUGAUAGCUGGGAGCACGGUGGUCUGGUUCCGGUCCGGUCGGAUAACGCAGUAUCGGUCGGGAUGAAUGCCGAAGAUGAACUCACCCCGAUCAAUACGGUCAUGUAUGCUGCUGCGCUCAUUCCUGGAGCAUUUAAGCGAGACUUCUUUUGA